AUGAACGGUGGUGUGCCGCCCGACGUGGCGUCUCAGGCCCAGGCGAGACGAGAGGCGGCCGCCAACCUGGGGACGCUAAGAGGCUCGCUGCUGGCGCUCGCGAAGAUAUUGCCCCCCGACAGCGGCACUCGUCCUGUGAAGGAGCUUUUGGCCCAUUUGCAGAGGGAGGAUGCCCCUCGUCUUGCUAGUCUGCUGGAAAAUCUAAAGCAUGAGGUUCAAGGGGCCUCUGAUUUGAACAAUGAUGGGGCCGAGAAGUGGAAGGAAGAAGGACACAAGGCCUAUGAUCUUGGAAAAAUGGCCGAAAGUGUGCUAAUGUACACUCGGGGAGUGAUGUAUGCCAGUCAAGAUGACACCUUAGCAUCACUCCUCUAUCACCGCGGCAAAGUUUUUUUGGCACAAGCACGCUUUAUGGAGGCGUUGGCAGACACCCAUGCUGCUUUCACAUUUAUGCCAACCAACUGGGAGGCAUUGGAGCGUCGUGGUGUAUGCUUGCAAAAGCUGGGGUUUGAAGAAGAGGGCAAAAAGGAUAUCCAUGCGGCAGCCAUUUUAAAUGUGGAUUCUGCAAAUGCAGCAACUUUAAUCUCCAACAUCCUACAUGCGGAUGUUGGCAGGAGUGAGGAUGAGGCAGUGAAUUUAAUUGGAGGAGGAAUUUCUUCCUCUCAUUUGAAUGACAUCAAUUACAACGGUAAAAUGAAAGGGGUAGAGGCAAAAAGGCAUUUGGAACCCGGAGAGAUUGUCACGGAAGCACCCGUUGUCCACGCGUUAUAUGAUGAUCAUUGGGGCAUACGCUGCUGCUACUGCCUACGCGUGACACAAGCCUUGUAUCCCGGAAGCGCCUAUCGUGAAAGGGGAAAAUUGUCUCGAGGGCUCUUUUGUGGUGAGGUGUGCGCCCAACUGAGUUGGGAACGCUAUGGCCAACACGAGACCGCAAACCCCUUUUUUCAGUUGUGUCCUAUCGAUGCCCUGAUUGCAAGUCGCAUGAUGUGUUCUGAUUGUGCAGUUUCCAGGUGUCACUCGCUUCGUGGGGACUUUACGGGUGAGUUGCACCCUGCAGCCGUCAUUGGGGGCUAUGAAACCGCUGUGAGCCUCUGUGCACUCGUGUUGGAUGCCGUGAGUUUAGAGGAUGUGGAUCGUUUGCGCCUUGCUCAGCGUCAAGUGAUGUUGUGCAGCUUUGAGGUAAAGUUUUGGACAGGGUCACAGGUAACAAUCAAUUCUGAAACUCGAGAGGCGUUCAUUGAUGAGUCGCGGCCCAUACCCGUCGGGAAGGCGCUGUAUGUGUCUGCUUCGCAAUACCGUCACUCUUGUGACCCAAACUGUUUUGCCUCAUUUGUGGGGAAUCCACUUGGUUGCUCUCUUUACCUCGCCAUUCGUGCCAUACGCCCUAUUCCUGCGGGUGAGGAAAUUACCAUUUCCUAUCACAAUAUCACAACGUACAAGGCUGUUAGUGCGCAGUUCCGACGUCGCGCCCUUGCUGAACGAUGUGGAUUUAUAUGUAACUGCCGGGCCUGUGUGGAUACCAAAGAGGAACGCGUCACAGUUGAAAAGAAGGGUUAUUACAUUCAAGCCAGUGAUUUGUAUCAGAAAGGGUGCCGAUUGAUACGUGAGGGUCAAUAUGACGUGGCUGUCACAGUCUUGUCGCAAAGCUAUACCAUUGCCAUGGAACACCUGUGCCCACCACCCCGACCCCCGCAAUCUAUGAUUCCGAAAACACAUAUGGCUUUGGCGAGGGCAUUUAAUCGCCUGAAGGACAACGAAAAAUGCGUGGAGCACCUAUUGGCCAAGGUGGAGCUGGACCGCCAAAUCUACGGAGAAAACCAUUUGGAGUUUGCGGACGACUACAUUCGUCUUGCCUACUUUGCGCUCUCCGAGGAGGAGAGAGGUGUCUUUGCGGAACGAGCAAAGGCCCAUCUCUCUCGUUUCUACGCCCCAUCGAGGGAGCUCCAUGCUCAAAUGAGCCGAUUCAACUCGUUUGUGGUACGAGCCUGCUUCUAA